AAAACGCGCUGCGUUUCAAUGCUUUCUCCCGCAGCAACUUCAGCGCAUAAGAGCAGGGAAAGAAACUGAAAACGCACGCUUCACCUGUCAAUCAACCGAAGAACAUCCCGUCAUCUCCGAACUCCGAAAAACUGAAGAGCUCACGAUACUCGCCAGUGUCAACAACAGAGGGAACAUCGAAGGGGCGACGGGGGUUGGUUUAGUGGGUGAAGAAGAUGGAAAGCGGCUUCUGCUUCGGCUGCCUCGAGCGCCGGAUCGAGUCCGAUUUCUCUGACCAGCUCGUCUUCUCCCAUGGCCUCUCCGAUUCGCCUCUCCCCUUCGGAUCCUCCGCCGUCGUGCAGAUGUCGAGCUCUGACGGCGAGGCUUCAGCUUCGGCUUCCGCUUCCGCUUCCGCUUCGCAGUUCUUUUUGCACUACUUGCCGGCUCGUCGACACGCUUGCUUGGCCAGAUACAUUGAUGAGUAUGCUGGGGAAAAUCCUCAAGAAGAGAACAACAAUGAGAUUGUUUCUACGGUUUCAUCCAAAGCAAAAGAAGAACAUGAUAAUGCUGUGCUAUUUGAUGGCAAAGCCACUGAGAAGGCUCCAAAAAGCGUACCUGUAUCUGUUUUGAAUGAUAGCGGAAGAACAUGCUCUGGGGCAUUGGGAUCUAAAUGUACUGGUUGUAAACAUUCUUACAAGUAUUCUUGUGAUAGGACAAUUACUGCAUUGGCGCCAAUAGCUUAUGUUGCCCCUUGUUGCUACUCCAGAUUCCAGGGACUUGCUUCUAGCUUCUUGUCUGGGUCGCUGGAAGAUCAUGUUUUACUCUCGCUCUGUCUCUUAAUUGAAGGAAAGGCCACAGGUCGGGACAGUGUUAACUUCCUUAAUCUAAUUGGUGUGCCUUCAUAUGGUGAAGAUGUUUUCCCAGGAUGUUUGAGGCAUCCAAAUAUAGCUCCUGUUCUUGGGAUGCUUAAAUCUUCUGAUCAUAUUAAUUUGGUGCUCCCUAAAACCCCAUAUACCUUGGAAAACAUUCUUCACUAUAGUCCUGAGACUUUGAUGUCUGAAUGGGAUAUAAGGUUUCUAAUAUAUCAAAUUCUAUCUGGUCUAGCAUAUAUACAUGGAUUAGGCAUUACUCAUGGAAAUAUUUGCCCAUCGAGUAUAAUGAUGACGAAGUCAUACUGGUCCUGGAUUUCCAUUUUUGAUCAGCCCAGCUCAGGCUUGACGGACAGGGAAUGCACUACUCCUCCAAAUAACAAAAUUGGGAUUAGCUGCAAUGUGGAUGGGUGUGCGUGUCAAGGACUUUAUGCAGAGUUGAAGCUGUCCCAGUCUGUUGAUUGGCAUUACGAAUUUCGGCGAUGGUGGAGGGGGGAGCUAAGUAAUUUUGAGUAUCUUCUCAUCUUAAACAGAUUGGCUGGGAGAAGGUGGGGAGAUAAUACAUUUUAUCCAGUAAUGCCAUGGGUAAUAGAUUUUAGCACAAAACCUGAAGAAAAUUCUGAUACAGGGUGGCGAGAUUUAAGCAAGAGUAAGUGGAGGUUAGCUAAAGGGGAUGAACAGUUGGAUUUCACCUAUUCAACGUCUGAAAUCCCUCAUCAUGUGUCAGAUGAGUGCCUUUCUGAACUGGCCGUCUGCAGCUACAAAGCGAGAAGGCUGCCUUUGAGGGUACUACGGUUGGCCGUACGAUCAGUGUAUGAACCCAAUGAAUAUCCCUCGACUAUGCAAAGACUUUACCAGUGGACUCCUGAUGAGUGCAUCCCAGAAUUCUACUUUGACUCACAGAUUUUUCAUUCUAUACACAAUGGUAUGGCUGAUUUGGCUAUACCGUCCUGGGCUAGUUCCCCUGAGGAAUUCAUUAAAAUGCAUCGUGAUGCAUUAGAAAGUGACAGGGUGUCGUGCCAAAUCCAUAAUUGGAUAGAUAUCAUCUUUGGGUACAAAAUGUCAGGUGUGGCAGCUGUUGCAGCCAAGAACGUUAUGCUACCAUCAACAGGCCCUACAGUGCCUAGACCAGCUGGACGCCGUCAACUCUUUACUCAACCACACCCGAUGCGCAGGGCUAUUUCCAAGAAGAUGUGCUACAUAGACAAUGGAUCAGCUGAGUCUCAAUGUCAUGAUAACUGUCUUCUUUCUGAAACUGUUAACCUGCAAGAACUGGAAGAAGCGUUUGCAUUUUCUGAACAUGCUAGGCAUUUAAAUCCAGCCUAUUGUUUCAAUGAGGAUUCUAACAAAAACAUCCCAUAUAUGGAAGGGGUGGUCACUGAUAGCAUUAAAGAACUCAUAACUGAUGAAGGAGAUAUCAGCCAGAAGUAUGGAGUGCCACAUAGGAUUGAUCUGAAUAAUCUUCUUGAGCACAUUGAAGUGGAGGAUGAAAGUUCCGUGGGAUACCAAGAGAUACUGCUCUGGAGGCAAAAAUUAUAUUUGUCGAAGACUCCUUCCACAGGUGUGGAGAGAGAUAUAUUUUCUGUCGGUUGUGUCUUAGCUGAACUUCAUUUAAGGAGGCCACUUUUCGAUCCAGUGUCUCUGGCUGAGUACCUAAAUGAUGGUAGAUUGCCGGGCUUGCUUCAAGAACUUCCUCCUGACACCAAAGUGAUUGUGGAAGCUUGCAUCCAGAAUGAGUCGAACAGGAGGCCAUCGGCCAAAACUCUUUUGGAAUCUCCGUACUUUCCUGCAACAGUCAAGUCUUCCUACUUGUUCAUUUCUGCGCUUCAGCUUCUGGCGACAGAUGCAUCUCGUCUUAGAUACCUGGCAAGUUUGGCAAAACAAGGAGCCUUUAAAGCAAUGGGGACAUUUGCAGCUCAAAAGUGUGCUAGCUAUUGCUUGCCACUUUUGGUGACUCCUUCAUCAGAUACCGAAGCUGAAUGGGCCUGUAUAGUACUCAAAGAACUUAUAAAAUACCUAAUGCCUUUGGCAUUAAAGACAACAAUCUUGCCUUCUAUCCAGAAGAUUCUACAGACUGCAGGUAAUUCACAUUUAAAAGUAUCUAUCCUUCAAGACACAUUUGUGAGAGAGAUAUGGAAUCGGGUCGGUAAAGAUGUAUAUCUGGAAACAUUACAUCCUCUGGUCAUAUCAAACUUGCACAUUGCUCCACAUAAGAGUUCUGCUGCAGCUGCUGCUGCUUCUGUGCUGUUAAUUGGUUCUAGCGAAGAGCUCGGUAUACCAAUAAGUGUUCACCAGACAGUUUUGCCUUUGAUUCACUGCUUCGGGAAAGGACUCUGUCCUGAAGGGAUUGAUGCCCUUGUUAGAAUCGGUGCACUUCUUGGGGACUCGUUUAUUGUGAGACAUAUGCUGCCAUUGCUUAAACAGGUGAUCCAUUCCUGUCUCAAUGUUUCAUCCAUGAGUAAACCUGAGCCUGUGCAGAGUUGGAGUGGUUUAGCUCUAGUCGAUUGUCUGGUAACAUUACAUGGUUUAGUUGGAUUCUUGCCAAAAGACCUGGUUGUGAAAGAGCUGAUCAAAGAUUGCAAUUGUCCACAUGUUAUCGUUCUGAUGCAGCCCAAUGUAGAAACUUCUGUACUUCAGGUUGCUGCUAGUACCUUGUUGGCAGUAUGUCAGCAGAUUGGACCUGAUUUGACUGCAGUUCAUGUUCUUCCACAACUUAAAGAGCUGUUUGAUGAGCUUGCCUUCUCUCAGGAUACUGCCAGCAGAGUUAGCGGCUCUGUUGACAGAAGCUCAAAGCCUUCCAGAGCAAAGAUUGAUGGGCAGGCUCAAAUUGGGAGUCGUGCAGACCUUGUGUUGCUUCUGUAUCCUUCAUUUGCAUCUCUUCUUGGAAUAGAGAAACUCCGCCAAUGCUGUGCCACAUGGUUGCUUCUUGAGCAAUUUCUUCUGCGGUGUCAUAACUGGAAGUGGGAAUGUACAGGAGAGUUGUCCCGAAGCAGCUCUGAAAAUGCUAUUGCAAAGAGACCUUCUAUUAGUCAAGGCUCUUCUUCCGAGUACAGUCCUGCUAAGAUGUUGCUUAAUGGGGUUGGAUGGUCUGUUCCCCAAGCACAGGGUAACAGAGGUGUGAAAAACUCGAUGCCCCAAAGAAGGUAUAGCAGAGUUGACGAUAGGCUCCCUGAUGGGCACGUAGCAAACUCAAGCCUUUUACACCAUGAACAUUGGUUCUGGUUUCCUAGUCCAGUCAUUAGCUGGGAUGGACCUGAGUUUCUUGCACGUAUAGGAGGUCUAAGAGAUGAAAUUCCAUGGAAAAUCAGAGCGUCUGUAAUACAUUCGGUUCGUGCACAUCAUGGAGCCCUAAGAUCUUUAGCUGUGUGCCAAGAUGAGUCUACUGUUUAUACUGCAGGAAUUGGUCCAGGUUUCAAAGGAACUGUCCAGAAGUGGGACCUGAGUAGGAUGAAUUGCUUAUCAGGCUACUAUGGGCAUGAGGAGGUUGUAAAUGACAUAUGUGUCUUAUCUGGUGGACUGAUGGCAUCUUGUGAUGGAAACAUACAUGUAUGGAGUGGCCGAAGUGGGAAGGUUACGUCUGUUUUUGCCGAAGCAUCAACAGAUUCUGCACACUUUGCUAGUCCAAUGAUAACUGCAUCAGGCGUCAGCAAUGACCAGAUCAAUAUGCUGAACUCCAGUACACUAUCAAGUGGGAUACUGACCAGUGCAUUUGAUGGGAGCUUGUACACUUGCAUGCAUCAUCUAGAAUUUAGUGAAAAACUAGUAGCUGGAACUGGAAAUGGUUCUCUCAGAUUUAUUGAUGUUUCCAAAGGUCAAAAGCUUCAUUUAUGGAAGGGUGAAUCUGUUGAAUCUGGUUUUCCCUCUCUUGUCUCGGCCAUUUGCUCCUCUGAAUCUGAUGGAAGGUUUCCAAAGAGCACAUCUGCUUCACCUUCUUGGAUUGCAGCUGGGUUAAGUUCUGGUCAUUGUCGACUAUUUGACAUGAGGACUGGUGAUAUAGUUGCCUCUUGGCGAGCUCAUGAUGGAUACAUAACAAAGGUUGCUGCAUUGGAGGCCAAUUUGAUUGUUUCUAGCUCUCUUGACAAGACCUUGCGAGUUUGGGAUAUGAGAAGGAAUUCCUCGUCCCAGCUUGCUGUGUAUAGAGGCCAUACAGAUGGGGUGUCUGGUUUCGCGCUGUGGGGUCAAGAUGUCAUAUCGAUCUCUAGAAACAAGAUUGGGCUUUCGUCUUUGUCGAAGUCUGGCAAUGAGGAUGGGGUGCACCGCAUUUUACCUCAGAAACUCCAUGUCGGAGAUCAGGGAACUAAAAAUCUGUCAACAUUGUCCAGUAUAAGUAUUCUUCCUUUCUCCCGUUUGUUUCUUGUUGGAACAGAAGAUGGCUAUCUGCGAAUAUGUUGUUAAGUUUUGGCUUCUCUUCUGUAAAUUCAAAUGCUAGUUCUUUCAAAUGAUCUCCUCCAUUUGUC